CUAGCAGACUCAAGAAACUCCAUCUCAACAGACAGAGACAUAGCAGAACCUAGACCGAAUACAUCUACAUCUAUCGCAAAAAUGGGAAAGGUCCACGGAAGUCUUGCCCGUGCAGGCAAGGUCAAGAGCGCAACUCCUAAAGUCGAGAAAGAAGAGCACCCCAAGACGCCCAAGGGUCGCGCCCACAAGAGAGACCUCUACACUCGUCGAUUUGUCAAUGUUACCAUGACGGGUGGCAAGCGCAAGAUGAACCCAAACCCAAGUGCAUGAGACCGUGAACCGUGAUGCCAACUCAUGAUGACUAUGAUGAAACACAUCCUGUUACAUAUACCACUUUGCUUUGAAGUGAAAUAAGGGGAGUGGAUGGGUGGAAUAAACCAAGGCGUUAAAUAAAUAUUAUAUUCCUCAUGGAGUGUAUAGCUUGUCACUUGGGAAUUGAUCAUUCUUUGUCUGUCUUUUCCCUUUUUUUGGUCUCUAAAACUGGCAUUUUGUAUUCCUGUUUUGAAAGGGCUUUU